AGCUCUAAGAAGUUAACACUCUCACUUGUCUACUUGCAAAGGGAAACGGAGGUUCAAACAAAAAACAAAACAAGUUUAUUAUACAAAAAUAAAGAAUUACAAAAUGAAAUCUUAUCCUUCAUUAUUAUUAUUUUUAAUAUGGAUUUUUAUGAUAAUUAAUACAAUUGAGAUGCAAGCAUUUCCUGAUGAUAUUGAAACAUGUUUAGGAGAAAAUGAAAGAACUCCAUUAAAAAAAACUGAUAAACGUAAUUUAUAUAAAGGUCAAGUAGAAUUUUCAAUAUCAUUAUUAAAAGCAAUUAAUAAGAUGAAACCAAAUGAAAAUAUAUUCUUAUCACCAUAUUCAACAUAUCAUGCACUUUUAUUAGCAUAUUUUGGUAGUGUUGAUAAAACUGAAAAAGAAUUACAAAAUGGUUUAUAUUUAAAUUGGGCUGAAAGUAAAGAAAAUGUUUAUAAUGCAUAUAAAUUAGAAAAAAGAAUACGUAGCUUUAAAGAUAAUAAUAUUGAAUUUGGUUCAGUUGAUAAAAUUUAUGUUGGAUUAGAUACACCAUUACGUAAUUGUAUAAGGCAAUUAUUUGCUGAAGAAAUUGAAAAUCUUGAUUUUCAAGGAAAACCCGAACAAACUCGAUUAAAUAUAAAUGAUUGGGUUAGUAAUGUAACUAGAAAUGAAAUAACAGAAUUUUUAAAACAAGGUGAUGUUAAUUCUGAAACAAAAAUGAUAUUAGCGAAUGCAGCAUAUUUUAAAGGACAAUGGGAAACAAAAUUUAAUAUAACAAAUACAAAAGAAGAAAUUUUUUAUAGUGGAAAAGGAAAAACCGCACCGGUUAGCAUGAUGAAUCAUAGAGGCAAUUUUCAUUAUACAAUAAGUGAAGAAUUAAAUUGUCAUAUUUUGGAAUUACCAUAUAAAGGAGAAAAAUUUAGUGAUGUUUCUAUGAUAAUUUUUUUACCACCAUAUACAAAUGAUGAAAAUGGUUUACAAAAAAUUUUAAAUAAUCUAACACCAGAUAAUUUAAAUAAUGCAAUGAAUGAUCUUGAAUUGAGAGAUGUUAAACUUUCAUUACCAAGAUAUAGUUUAGAGGAACGAUUGGAAUUGACACCAUUCUUAAAUAUGAUUGGAAUAAAUGAAUUAUUUACAAGAAGAGCUAAUUUACAAGGAUUUUCAAAUGAAUAUGGUUUAUUAUUAAAUGAUGCAUUACAUUUUGCAAAAAUUAAAGUUGAUGAAGAAGGAUCAAUUGCAUCAGCAGCCACAGGAUUAUUUGGUUUUCGUAAAGAAAGACCAAUGGGUAUAGUUGAAUUUACAUGUAAUCAUCCAUUUCUAUUUAUGAUAUAUGAUCAUAAAAGUAAAGCAAUUCUAUUUUUUGGUUUAUAUCAGGGUCCUAAUUAAGAAAAAAAAUGAUAUUUUUUUUAUUUUGAUAUUAAGAAGAUUUAAUAAAAUAUAAUAUUAUAAAAUUUUAAAAUUUAUAAUAAAAGAAAACGAAAUUUUAGUGAUAAACACGCUGUACUGUUUAAUUAAAGAACUUUUUUUAAACUUUGUAUGUAUAGCUGUACGCAGCUGUAGUUAUAAUAUGUUCUACAAAAAUUGUGUUUGGAAUCUCAGACUAUUUAAAAUAUUUUA